AUGUGGGGUGAAGUACGUGGGACGUACUUGAAGGCGGCUGAGCCACAGAUGGAGUUAUUUGGCUACAAGACGGCAAGAUGGAAACAAGCCCUGUGUAUUGUUGGCUUUAUAUUUUCUCUUGGCAUCCUUCUCCUUCUUUUUUACUGGAAGCCAGAGUGGGAUGUCUUGUGUCAGUGUGUUGAAUGCAGCUUGGAUGAAGCCAAUGUAAUCCUUCUCAGAACUACUGAUGAUUUCAAGAAAUUUUCCAAGAAAAAGGUUUGGUACAUUGAGCCUUUCACAGUAGAAGACAGAAAAGAACACAUAAUGGUUGCUGAUUCAAAGUGUCUAAUAAAGAAAGCCCUAUUAUUGCCAGAUUACAAGGUACGAUGCAUUAGAGUACAGAAGAUACGUUAUAUCUGGAACAUAUUAGAGAGAAAGUUUGAGAAGAUCGGGGUCCUGGAAGAUGAACAUUCAUGUUCAGAUAUACACACAGAGUUUGCUUCCGGUUUACCCAACAAAGAGCAGGAAAUUAGAAAAAAAGUGUGUGGGCCAAAUUCAGUUGAGGUAGAAGUUGUUCCAAUUUGGAAGCUGCUUUUCAAAGAGGUUUUAAAUCCUUUUUAUAUUUUUCAAGCAUUUGCAUUGAGCCUAUGGUUGGCAACAGGCUACAUCGAAUAUUCCAUAGUUCUCAUAGUUAUUACACUCCUGUCUAUUGUUGCCACAAUCUACAAUCUCAGAAUGCAAUCUGUUAAUUUGCACAAGUUGGUUGAAGCCCAUAACAAUAUGAUGGUUACCAUUCUUAGACGAAAUGGAGUUAUUGAAGAGGUGGGAUCUCAUAGUUUAGUUCCAGGAGAUGUCAUUGUAUUAACUGGAAAGAAGUUCUACCUGCCUUGUGAUGCCCUGUUAAUCACUGGAGGGUGUAUAGUGAAUGAAGGAAUGUUGACAGGAGAAAGUGUUCCAGUGACAAAAACGCCAUUACCAAACAUAGAUAACUCUAUCCCAUGGAAAACACACAGCGGGGACGAUUACAAGAGACAUGUACUGUUUUGUGGAACAGAGGUUAUCCAAACAAAAUCUCAAGGUUGCAACCUAGUAAAAGCUGUUGUACUAAAAACUGGAUUUAGCACAGCAAAAGGAGACCUCGUCAGAUCUAUUCUGUACCCAAAGCCAGUUAACUUUAAGUUACACAGAGAUGCUAUCAGGUUCCUUAUGGGCCUUGUAGCAAUUUCCCUUAUUGGAGUUAUAUACACAGCUAUUGUAUUUCCAAAGAAUGGAGCAACAGCAAGUGAGACAGUGCUAUGGUCACUUUUACUUAUAACCGUCAGUAUUCCUGCUGCAUUACCAGCGUCUCUAACAGUCUGCAUAUUGUAUUCUCAAGUGAGGCUUAAGAAAGCGGGAAUAUUUUGCUUAAGUGCACAGAGGAUUAAUAUGUGUGGACAAUUAAACAUUAUCUGUUUUGAUAAAACAGGUACCUUAACUGAAGAUGGCAUGGAAUUAUGGGGUAUUGCUGUAUCUGAUGGAAAAUGCUUUCAAGAUACACAUUGCUUUACAGCAGAAAAUAAUUUACAGUGGGGUCCUAUGCUAGGAUUGAUGGUCAGCUGUCACUCAUUGAUACUCUUGGAUGGCAAAAUACAGGGAGACCCACUGGACCUGAAGAUGUUUGAACGAACAGGCUGGGUACUUCAAAACAACGAAACAGAAAGUUCAGAAAAUGGAAACUGUUCUUCAUACAUGAUGGUGAAACCUGGACCAAACCAAGCUGGAAUGGUGCCAGUGGAAGGCUUAACAAUUCUCCACCAAUUUCCAUUUUCAUCCAGCCUACAACGCAUGUCUGUAAUAGCACAAGUAAUUGGAGAACAGGAACAGAUUGUUUUUAUGAAGGGAGCUCCAGAGAUGGUAAUACAGUUUUGCAAUGCAAACACAGUCCCAUUAAAUUUCCAAAAAGAACUAGACUACUAUACACUGCAAGGGUUUAGAGUGAUUGGGAUGGCAUAUAAAGUAUUUGGGACAAAUAGACAUUGUAAUGCUGAGAGUUUGGAGAGGGAAGAAGUGGAGACGGAUCUUGAAUUUCUUGGGUUGCUCAUAAUGGAAAAUAAACUCAAGCCAGAAACAAAGCCAGUGCUACAAGAGCUAAAUGAAGCUAAAAUACGGAUAGUUAUGAUCACAGGUGACAAUGUUCAAACAGCUUGUACAGUUGGUAAAGCAUCUGGCAUGGUUCCCGAUGGUAGUAAAUUAAUUCUGAUAGACGCCAAUGACCCUGAAGAAAAUUUUCCUGCAUCAAUAAAUUGGCAAACAAUGGAAGAAAAUGGACACAAGUCAAAUGAAUCACAUGUUGCUAUUCCUGGGCUACAUGGUGAGACAAGCAAUUUCCAUUUUGCUAUGACUGGAAAAUCUUAUCAAGUCAUUGUGCGUCAUUUUUACCAUUUGCUACCAAAGAUACUUCUUAAUGGAACUAUUUUUGCUAGAAUGAGCCCAGGACAAAAAUCAAAUCUUAUUGAAGAAUUUCAAAAAAUAGAUUAUUAUGCUGGCAUGUGUGGAGAUGGAGCCAAUGACUGUGGUGCUCUGAAAGUGGCACAUGCAGGUAUUUCUUUGUCUGAAUUAGAGGCAUCUGUGGCUUCUCCUUUUACAUCCAAAACUACCAACAUUGAAUGUGUGCCAAAGCUAAUCAAGGAGGGAAGAAAUUGCCUUGUUACAUCAUUCUGUAUGUUUAAGUAUGUUGCAAUGUAUGCAAUGAUUGAAUUAAUAUGCUUGAUGCUUCUGUUUUGGAGAAGAACCUAUCUGGGAGUUCGUCAUUAUCUUUUGCAGGAUGUAGCUAUCACUAUCACAGUUGCACUAACAAUGAGCUUAACUGGUCCAGCCAAAAAGCUUGCUCCUUACAGACCAUCCGGACAGCUUAUUUCACCACCUCUUUUAUUGUCAAUGGUUUUAAACUUUAUUUUCAGUCUGAUUGUUCAAACCAUUGGUUUUACACUUGUCCAGAAACAGUCGUGGUAUAAUGAAUCUGAUGUACUGAGUGGCUGCCUUUCAUCAAACAGCAGUGAAAGCAAUAAUACUAUACAUAAGGAAGCAUCCUUAAAUCAAAAUUUUGAAACCACUACUUUGUGGUUUAUAAGUGGAAUUAACCUAAUUGUAGUAGAAUUUGUGUUCUGCAAGGGAGGCCCUUUUAGAAGACCAAUAUAUACUAAUUAUAUAUUUGUAUUCAUGAUCAUUGCACAGCUCGCAGUCUACUUGUUUCUCUACUUUGUUGACAUUGAAGCAGUUUACUUUGCUAUAGAGCUUGUCUGCACACCAUAUUCUUGGAGAAUUAAAAUUUUUGUCAUGAUGGUUGUUCUUUUUAUUGUAUCCUAUGCAGCAGAGGAGGGAUUCAUUGAAAACCGAAGACUAUGGUUACUUAUAAAACAGAUUUUUAAUUACCAUUCAAAGAGUCUUUAUAGAAAAUUGCAAAGAACAGUCGCAAAAGAGCCACACUGGCCUCCUCAAAAUUGUAUUGAAUAUGCCAAGCAAGCAAUAACUGAGACAGACUAUAAGCCACAUGUAUAUGAUAAUCCAGCAUUUGAAAAUGUAGAUCACAAUCAUAUAGAAAAUUAAGAAAUCGCAACAAAUAUGAACUAUUUGGUUCCUAAAAUGCAUCCACUUUCCAAGCAAUUUUAAAGAAAAACUAUGGCUAUAAAAUAUUUUUAUAAACUUUGA